UCAUCUACCAGGAUUCCAAAGCAUGGAGCAUUCUCUCCUGACGCUUCGCCCGCAUCUAUGGCAGGCACCCUCAGAGGUCGUAUGGUCUGUUGGAAACUAGGCAACUGAGGUUUAUAUAUCUCUGGAAUGUUCAGGGUGAGAAAAGGAACGCUUGUCAGUUUGAGGCAGAUGUUUUUCAUUGAGCCUGUUGUUACUUGCCUUUCCCCUAAUGUUCACUAUAUGGUUUGUGAAGCUGGCUUUGAAAUAAAAGAGAACCAUGUCAUUAAUAGCAUUUUAUCUGACAGAGGUGAGAUACGUUGGAGAGUAAUCACAGAACACAUACGAUACAGAGACUCAGGUCAAACUUUGGAGUACAUAAACAGUGUGAGGUCUUUAGGUCCCAUAUGUGAAUGUGUUCACUUGCAUUUACAAUCCCUCACCAUAGAACAAUUGGAAGACCGGUUUAUGUUAUGGUUCCAGUGGACAAACUGCUCGGAGAUAUUUCUUGAAAUGCUUCAAACCAUAAAGGAUCCAGAUGCUACAGCAGUUGCCCUGAAUUUAAUGAAGCUAACGUCAUGCUUGGAGCGAGCCUUGGGUGAUGUAUUCUUAUUAAUAGGGAAAGAAUGUCCUUUUCUUCUGAGAGAUUUGCUUGCAUCUCAGGAACUUGCUACAGUCUUUGGGCAGUCAGUGAUGGAUGUUCUGAGAGUAUUCAUUGGAUCUCCAGAUGGUCUAAAUCUCCGCAAUAUUUUGUGGCAUGGGUUUGCAUCACCUCAAGAAAUCCCUGUAAAAUAUUUCUCUAUGCUGCUUUUUUUAACAGCGGGAUUGGGGCAAUUGUUAAGGAAUUACCUUCUGAUAAGUUUAACUACUUUAGUUCAUCGGCCAUACAUAAUUUUUACUAGCUUAGAAGAUUUGCAUAUUUUUCCAGAUGUUAAUCAAGAAUUAUUGUCUUUGGCUGAAGAGUUGGUCAUGAAAUCAAGUAUUGUGUUGAGAAACAUGGUUCCUUUCUGGGUUACUGCCUUGGCAUCGUUUAGACAAUCCAGGUUUGCCGACUGUGUCAUAUUGUUACUUCCUCAGCUGGAAAGUGGACUCCGAUUGCUUUUCACAACCGUUAAUAAAUGUCCAAGCAGAUUAAUGACAGCUGAGUCAUCAUCUUUAUAUACAACUUUUGAUGAGAUGUUGGCAAAACAAUUUAACAGUGAAGAAACCAAUCAACUUCCUUUACUACUUGGUGAACCGGCAAUGGAAUUUCUUUGGGAUUUCUUGAACCACCAAGAAGGCCCACGUGUUAGAGAUCAUCUGAGCCAUGGAGAGAACAGUUUAAAUGACUUUCCAAGAGAAAUAGCAAAUUGUGUUCUUGCAUUUUCUAUCACACUUUUGUGCAGGUUUUCUGAGGAUGAAAUUGGACCCAUCAAGAGCCACACAUUGCUAGAACCACUCAUGAACUGUGGAAGUCAUUAUUGUUCCAAGUUUCAUCCAGCAACUCAACUCAAAAAACAGAUACUAGAAUGCAUAAGAAGCAUAAAUACAUGGACUGAUCUUCCUGCAGUGCCUGAAGAGCAAAUUCAGGAAAUUGCAGGGUUGAGAAAAGAUGUUGAUUUUCCUUGUACUUCAGUGAUUGCUGAUAUUUUCACCCAACUGCAGCCCUACUUACCUCAGAAUAUAAGACUUUUUGUUGAUUCUGUGAACAGCUUGCCAACAGAGAAGUUACUGACUGAACUCUGUGGCAAGCAUAUCCCUGUCCUCUUCUGCCCACGAAUGGUCCUGGAAAUCAUUGUAGUGCUUCGUCAAAUAAGUACCCAGUGCCACCAGGUAUCAUGUCAAGUCAUUUCUACAUGUGAAGCAAGAUAUAAGCAAUGGGUAAACAAAUCACUGCGAUCACGCCAGCGGAACAACUAUCUGUGCAUGAGAAGAAAUAUUAGAUUUCUGUCUCCUGUGUUACAAGUCAUUUUAAUCUUGAUUACUCUGGAACUAAUCAGUAUCUAUACAGUUUGUGAAAAAAAUGUUUCAGACUAUCAGCAAUACCUAAAGUUUCUGAAGUUGAUUUUGCAGUACACUGAGAACUUGGUGACCUACACAAGCCCAGAAAAGAAUAAAUGGAAUGAAACUAUGACCCUUACAGGAAAGGCACUGCUAAAAAUCAGAACUUUCUUAGGAAAGCAGCUAGCACUUGUACAGUUAGUGGAGUACCAGCCCGAGGAAAUUUAAAGGGGUACGCAAAUAUUUUUUUGCGCCCCCUCCCCUGCGCCGCAGGAGGCGUGGCCAGGACUGGCCCCACCUCCCGCGUCCUAACCCCGCCUCCCACGCGGGGCGGCCAUGCCUCCCGCGGCACGGGUGGCGUGGGAGGCGGGGCCAGGGUGCGCAGCACGGGAGGCGGGGCCAGAUGUGGCCCCGCCUCUCGCGGGGCGCGCCCUGGCGCAGCCAAGCUGCAGCAGGAGUUCUUCCAGGCCGCAGCCUGAAAGGAUUCCCGCUGCAGCGGGCGCGCACUGUGGGAGGCGUGGCCGGUCCCGCCUCCCGCGGGGUGCGCCCUGGCCUGGCUGUGCCAUGGCGUGCCCCGCGGGAGGCGGGGCCAAACCUGGCCCCGCCUCCACGUCACACGGCCCCGCCUCUGCCAGGUGUGGCCCCGCCUCCCAGGGGCUCAAUAGCGCCCCUGGGAAGGUGGCGCCCAACGCGCCAGCGUGCCGUGUUGGGCCAGGCCUGAGUACAAACCUUGAAUACAAUUGAUGUGACUGCAUAGGGAUGUUUGCUGACCAAAACAUAAGAAAGAGAAAGCAACAACACAACUUAUUGUACUCUAUAUUAUCACUGUGAUGAUAACCUUUCCCAAGGAAAUAAUAGAAUGUGUAAAACAGCAAUACCAAGAAUCAAUGGGGAUGUUUUUCAUUUGAUGGACACUUUAUUUCUCAACUUUUAAGGGUUUUUAUGUUUCAUUUAUUCUUAGUUUAAAGAAAAACCUUUGAAAGAGGAUUUUCUACAAAUGGGAUAGAUUGGGAUACAUGGGGUGGAAGCACUACCUAAACACUCUGGGCAAUAAAUUCUGCUCAUGACCCAAUACUCAUAGAUUUCUACAGCUGAUAUUCAUCAUCUUCACAUGCAAGUACAUUUAUCUGAGUUCAGUUUAAUUUAAUUCUUAACUAGCAAAAGAUAGAAACAUGACUUCGUUGUUGUACCAAUUCCCAGGAUGUUCACUGAUCAUGUGAUCUGGAAGAUUUUAAGAGUUGGGGUCCCAACAUAACUUCUCAAAGCUUUGCUAUUAGGUGAACAUGGAACUAUAGCCUUAGCUGGAGCAGGCAACUACAUGGGAUCACAUCCAAUUUUGUGGGACUCUUGGGGAGACACACAGAUGUCCAAAAGUGUCAAAAGAAAAGAAAAAAAAUGGCCAGGAGUAUAUUUUCAGUUUUGAAAAAGAUGAUUUACUUAAUAUUUCCUAGACAUUCCCAGAGGCCCAUUCAUGCAUUACAGACAUAAUGCCAUUUUCUACCUUAACAACAAUAGUUCCACAUUAUGGAAUCCUGGAAUUUGUCAUUUGGAGAUGCAAAGUUCGCUAUCUGAAAGUUUUAUAAAUGUCCACCUCUACACUGCAAAUCCCAAAGUUCAUAAGAAAAUGUUCACUGUUUCAAGUCAUUUCUUGAUUAUAAGCAUAACAAAGUCUCUUAUUCCUAAGACCCCAUCUACAUUGCCAUAUAAUGCAGUUUGAAAUAAUAAUAAUAAUAAUAAUUAAUAAUAAUAAUAAUAAUAACAAUAAAUUUAUUUUUGUAUGCCACCUCCAUCUCCCCAGGCGGGGACUAGGGGCGGCUCACACAGGGAACAAGCCCAACAUAGUCACAUAAAAUCAUAAAAUACAAGAAUUAAGACAUAACACAAAUUAAAAACAAAUGAGACAGGUCAUAGUUAAAAUAGACAUAGUUAAAAUGUUAAACAGUCAUCCAAGGCAUUAAAAAGUCUAAUAUAAGAUAACAUCUGGGUGACAAUGAAAACUGAAGAAGGGAGUGUCUAUUACAAAUAGGACAUACAUCAAAUAGACACAACAGGUAGGGAAGAUAAAUCUGAAUGGAAACCAAACUAAAAUAUGAACAGGGCAAAUGACAAUGUGAAUAUCGACCAGAUUAUAACAGACUUAUCUACUCAAAAGCACAACAGAACAGCCAUGUUUUUAAUUCCUUCCGGAAGACAGUGAGGGUUGGUGCUAACCUAAUUGCAUUAUAUGGUCAGUGUAAUUCCAUAUAAUUCAGUUUUACUGCAUUGAACUGAAUUAUAUGAAUCUACACACUUUCAAACUGCAUUCUAUGGAUUUACAUAUAAUGUUCUGAUGUAUAGAUGGGGCUUAAAAGAGCCCUCUAAUGUCAGAUAAACUGCAAUUCGCAGAAAUGAACAGAAGGUUGCAGUGUUCCAUAAUAUUUAAUUUAUGUUCAUGCUGUGUUGGCCAUUAGCAAAUGCAACAAAAUCACAAAAGAAUGAUAUUUUUAUUGAGUGAUGUGUUUUGUGCAUUUUGACUGACUUAUAAAGAUAUCACUCUUUAUUUUAUGAUACCUGACUCUAAUUUUUUCCUAAUGGCAAUAAAAUUAUUUCUUACAUCAAAUGUCUUUUCCUGAUGGAGGCUUUGUUUUCGUUUGAUUUUAAAAUGGAGUUCUUUAUGCUGAAUUUCCUUAAAGGCAUACAAAAUUACCCAUUCUUCAUGGUCUGUGUUCUCAGCAAUUUGAGAAGCAAUGUGGUCUUUCAGAAACAAAGCUAAUCAGUUCACCUGUUUGAUAAUGAGAUACAGCAAGGACUAUUUUCUUUUAUGCUAAAUAAUAAAUCAAAGAUGGCUGCAGUGUUGGAUUUUAUUUAGGAAGGUCAAAGGCACAUUACUUUCUCUUCUGCUACCAUCAGAGGCAUCUGAGCCAGAAAUGAGAGAUAAGACCUUCUUGGUGGCUGCUUGCAGGCUCUAGAACUCACUCCCAGUCUAACGCUAUCCCUGGUGUCCUCUCACCAGCAAGGAAACACAUUUUAUUUGUAUAAUAUAUGUGCUUUUAAACUGACUUGCUUGUUGACGUAGGUUUUAGCUAGUUUAUGCUGUUUAUUUUUUUAAUCAUGUAUUUUAAAUUUAAUUAAUACUGUAGCAUUAAUUUUAUUUUUGCAUUCACUGUCUUAAGCAUUGUUUUUUUACUGGAAAAUUGUUAUCAAAAUUUAAUAAAGGCCUUGAAUAGC